AUGGCAACAAUCCGCUCAGCUGUACACGCCAUCUCCACGCUCGCUGUCACUGCCGAGCAGGAUCUGGAGAGCGAGCUGCUGAGUGGGGCUGACUCGUUCCAAGCUCUUCUGGAGCAGGCCGCGACGAGGCUGAGGACAGCGAAUGGGAACUCUAGCCACGAGCUCCGAGAGCGCAUUUUGACGGAGCUCGAAGUCUCUUUGGGGGACAUGGCCGACUUCAACCGCGUAGCAGGCAACGACUUUGUAAGCGCCUUCGCCCAAGACCCAUUUCCAGAAGUGAUGAGCGUUGUGGAUCUCGUGUACCAGGCUCUCCCCUCCAUUUGCUUCGUGCUCAAGGACUACAUCAUGCAGAAGCUCGAGUUGCUGCACUCCAGUCUGUACGAUCGAGUGCCUUUCCUCAGUGAAAGCUUGCAAGACUCGGGGCGGAAGGUGGUUUUGUCGAAGAUACUCACUCGGGAGGCGAUGAGCGCUGCCUCAGAGCUGGGAGGUGACAAGGCCGGAGGUGGAGAUGUGGCUCAACUUGCUGGAGAGGAGGUUCUGAAUAUCCUCGGCCAAGUGGCAUCCGAGUACUCCUUCCACAUGGCCGAUGAACCUCCCACGCAGCAGUACACCUUGAGCGAGACGAGUGUGACGACACACGAGAUCUCUCGGCUGCUCCAGCAAGUAGCUCUACUGUGUCGCUUUGCUGAUCGGCUGAGGCAAGUGGCAGGGCAGCUUUACGCGAGUGAUGCACGACGGCUACAGCAGGCCGUCCAAGACGAUAUCCACACAAAAGACAAGGCGAUUGCGGAAGUGAUGAAGAGGAUUCGAUCACGAGGGCACGCCACCUGGCCGAUUCGGGACUUGGAGCUUGGCUCGCUGUCUGGGAUCGCCAAACGCCUGGCGCGAAUACAAAAGGAGAACUUCGUGACAGUGGCGCAGCUGAGUGCUCUGGUUCGUGCCUGUGAGAACUGGGAGCAGUCGGAUCCGAUCGCAGCGGGGGCGUUCGGAGGCUCAGCCGUCGCGAGUGAAGUCUUCGUGGCGCUGGUCCUCGAGGUGGCAGCAAAACAGGCGUUUCCGGCUCCGUGGAGAGAUGCGAGCGCGGUAGCUGCCCUCACUCUCCAGCAGUGCUCCUCUCGCGGUGCAGUCUCGUGGCGGAAGUUCGUGUGGUUGAUGCUGUGCAUCCAAUUUGCAGGGUUGCCUUCGCUGGAGGACAUAAUGACGUACGAACAGCGCGCCAUGGUGCUACCGGCGACAAAGCGACAGAUGAAGCGCAACCACGACCACAGAGUCACCCUCUCCAACGCGGACUUUUGGCACCUCCCGCUGUGGUUCGAGGAGCGCUGCAACAGCCAAGACGGGCACCAGACCGACGACCUGAAGGAGCUGGUGUUCCAACUCUUUGCCACUGCAUCCGACAGCAACAGAUCUGAUGAGGGCCACGUGGAUCUGCUGCCGAUGCUUCUCGUCUGGUGUACGCACCCGUCCUGCUCCUUCAGCGACCGCCAUCAGCUCGAGGAGUUCGCUCCUCGCUACCCACGAGGGCUGUUCCGCGCCUUUCAACUGCUGCGCCAGCACUGCGACGCCAACUCCAACGCUCCUCAAUGCAUCUCGUCACUGCUGGCUCGCUUCUUCCUGCUCCAGAACCCGCUGGAGGCUCUAGUGCAGCCCUAG